GAUCUUUGGCCUCCUUUCAUCUCUCCUUAGUAAUUGACUAAAAAGCUCUUUGCUUUUUUAGCUUGGGAUCUUUGCUUCUGUUUCUCUUUGAAUUUCCAUAUGGGUUUGUGGGAAGCUUUUCUCAAUUGGCUUCGAAGCCUGUUUUUCAAGCAGGAAAUGGAGCUAUCUUUGAUAGGACUUCAGAAUGCUGGAAAAACCUCAUUAGUAAAUGUUGUUGCAACAGGUGGAUAUAGUGAAGAUAUGAUACCUACGGUUGGGUUCAACAUGAGGAAAGUGACAAAAGGAAAUGUUACGAUAAAGUUAUGGGAUCUUGGAGGCCAACCUAGGUUUCGUAGCAUGUGGGAACGAUACUGUCGUGCAGUUUCUGCGAUUGUUUAUGUGGUUGAUGCUGCUGAUCCUGAUAACCUGAGCAUCUCAAAAAGUGAGCUUCAUGAUUUGUUGAGCAAAUCGUCACUUAGUGGCAUCCCCCUUCUGGUGCUGGGCAACAAAAUCGACAAGCCAGGAGCUCUGUCUAAACAGGCUUUAACUGAAGAAAUGGGACUCGAGUCAAUUACUGAUAGAGAAGUUUGCUGCUUCAUGAUAUCUUGCAAGAACUCAACCAACAUUGACUCAGUUAUUGAUUGGCUUGUAAAGCAUUCGAAAUCCAAGAGCUGAAAAAAGGGUUUCCUGUGUUUAAUCUUUUUGUGAUGGAUCUGUGUUUUAUAAUUCGAGUUCUGAAAGGGAUCAAAUUUGUGUUUGAGAAUUUCAGCUUUAACUUGAUAUUGUUUAAUUACUGUAUUCUCGUCUUGCACUGUACAUUGGAUCAUCACAUUUGUAAUUUAAGUAGGAUUUUUUAUCCCUA